AUGUCUACAGUUGAUAGUCCUCCAGUCGCGAUUGCACCGCCAGACCCCCAAUCUAAUGAGCAGGCGGAGGCACCUGCACAUUCCCAGAGUGAUGCACCGCCAAGGGCACCUGGGAAGGGUAGUCGAAGUGUAGAUGCGUCGCCUGGACCCGAGACUGCGCCCGCGCCCACGCCCACGCCCACGCCCGCCGGUCCCUUCGACACGCCCCAGUCGCAGCCCAUGACUGCCACCGCGUCCACAUCCUCGUUACAGCCACCUCUCGAGAAUGGAGACAAUUCUACCUCCGGCCCCUACGGCACCCGCUCAAGAAAUCGAACAGGUGGCACUCGCCCAAACUACGCCGAGGACAGGGAGUUGGAUCUCGAAAUAGAGGCAUUGUCCAAACCCAGUCGCUCGAGUAAACGAUCUUCUGCCGCAGCGGUGGGCGAGCAGCAGCCUUCGCAAAUGGGCUUUGCAGCCGUCAAUAACGCCCAACACGACAAGACCUCCGAAAGCGCCUCUGCGGCUAAUGCAGCCACGCUCACCCCAGCAGCCGUGGCUCCUGCACCUUCGAAGAAGAGAAAACAUCCCGGGAGCAAUCAUACCGUGGCCGCAAACUCAACCAUGAGCAGCAGUUCCCGCGCGAGACCGGUCGCUUCGGUGCCUUUCAAGGGCUACGUGGAGACAAACAUGAUGAGUUUUAAGGGCUCUGGAUACAAGUUGAAUGAAAAAAACCAGUUGGUGGCCGAUGAUGGCACCCCAGUCCAGGCGAACGACCACGUCUACCUCAUCUGCGAGCCUCCGGGAGAACCCUACUACCUUGCCCGUAUCAUGGAGUUCCUGCACGCGAAGAACGACCCUGAAGGUCCCAUCGACGCCAUCCGGGUCAAUUGGUACUACCGCCCAAAAGACAUCUUGCGCAGAGUUCAAGAUACCCGGGUCGUGUUUGCGUCAAUGCAUUCCGACACGUGUCCCCUCACCUCGGUGCGAGGGAAAUGCAAUAUCCGCCAUCUCUCGGAAAUAUCUAAUAUGGAUGAAUACCGUGGCCAGCAAGAUUCAUUCUGGUUUGACAAGUUGUAUGACCGAUAUAUGCACCGGUACUACGAGGUCAUUCCGACCAGCAGGGUCGUCAACGUGCCUCAGCAUGUCAAGGCCGUCCUAGAUCAGCGCUGGAAAUUCGUCUUGGUGGAGAUUGGCCGCGGUCGUGAGCUGACCAGCGAGAGCAAAAAGUGUACAAAGUGUGAACAGUUUGCCAGUAAUCACGACUCGGUCGAUUGCGCAGUUUGCAAGCGGACAUAUCACAUGCAGUGCGUCCGACCCCCGCUACUGAAAAAGCCGGCUCGAGGUUUCGCUUGGGCCUGUGCUCAUUGUAGUCGGGCGCAGGAAAUAAAAAUGGAUUCUCGAAAUACGCCCGCAGGUUCAGACGUUGGGCAUGGGGAUGACGACGAUCCGAUGGAUGAGGACGAAGACGACAAUCAUCAACCCAAGAGCCGGGACACCCGUGAAAGCAGCAUCGCACCCGAGCCUCAUCCAGCGCCCACCAAGGAACAGAUUGCCCAGGCAAAUCUGUGGCCGUGGCGGUACCUGGGGGUUCACUCACGCGUUGAAGAUGCGCUAGACUACGACGACCGGAUAUACCCCCGAGCAAGUUCCAGGUUGGGUCCUCGGCAUCAAGCGAACGUCAAUGUGUGGCAUGGCCGCCCUAUUGAAUUGGUCAAGCCCGCCGAGAUCAAGCGAAAAUACUUGAAAAAUGCCCAUCACAUCAAAGGUAGUAAAGGCUCCAAGGAUACUGGCACGGACACCGACAAAGAUCAGAAGCUAAAACGCCCCAAAUGGGUAAUUGACGAACCAGUUGGCUACGUCCCUCGAGGGCAGGAUGAGCCGGUCGAAAUCAAGGGCAAAAAAGAACAUACUGCUCAAUUGCUAUUCAAGAUGCCGGAACUAGGACAACUCUCAGGGAGAGGUGGUGAUGACACGGGGGGACCGCUCGAUCCGGAGCGCUUGGUUGACGAAUACAUGACGAGGGUCAAACCAAUUGCUGCCAAAUACAAUCUGCUCGACUCGUCUGUGGACUUUCUCACCAAGGCAAUCGAAAAGCUGCACGAGCACGACUAUAAUGUCGAGAAAGCAUUAAAGGCUAUGACGGAACUCAGCCUGAAGAGCGACUUGAAACAGCCAGAGCUCACCCGUGACGAAAUUAAGCGUUUCGAGGAAGGUGUAGCCAAAUAUGGGAGUGAGCUACAUGCUGUAACUCGCCAUGUUGGGAGCGUCAAGGAAUCCCGGAUUGUUCGAUUCUACUAUAUGUGGAAGAAGACGGACAGGGGCCGACAGAUUUGGGGCAAUUUCGAGGGCCGACGUUCGAAGAAGGAAUCUAAACGAGCGGACAAGGAGGGCCACAACGCGCCCAAACUCCUGGACGAUGUUGCCGACGACCAGGACGACUCUGCCUUUGACGAUGAAAAGGCCGCGCAAAAGAAACGAGGAUUUGUUUGCAAGUUCUGUGGGACACACCAUUCUAGACAAUGGCGACGUGCGCCAGGGACGCCACCCGGCACACUAGUACCCAAAGAUCCAUCUGCAAAAAACAACAAAGACAAGAGCGGCUGGCUCACUUUGGCACUUUGUGGUCGAUGUGCCUAUCUCUGGCGCAAAUACGCCGUCCAGUACGAGGAUAUUGAAGAAAUCUCAAAGAAAAUCGCAUCUUCGGGAAGCAGGGCAGCAAAACGGAAAGUCGACGAAGAACUCCUGCGUCUCAUUCUUGAGGCGCAUCAGAUGUCAGGGGAUCCCAUCCCUCCGCGGGCUGUCGAUGAGGUCAAUAAGGCUGGCCUGGAAGUGCCCCAAAACAUCAUUCAACCGGAAGAACCUCCUAAGAAGAAGGGCAGACUCGACAAAGAUAUCACACAGUCAACUCCAGAUGUCGUCUCAGAAAAGAAGAAGGCCGCGCCCGAGAAACCACCGGAACCUGCUCCGAUCGAGCCGGAUCCUCCUAGGGUCAAGGUCCACCCUUGUGCCGUGUGCCGGGUUAUCGAAGCCCCUGGCCUGGAAUUGCUAAAGUGCCGUGACUGCAGGCUUCAUGUACAUGGCGCAUGCUAUGGUGUCGGGAAGAAGACAAACACCAAACCAUGGUUCUGCGAUAUGUGCAGAAACGACCACAAUCUCCAAGUCUCCACGACCUAUGAAUGCGUUCUGUGUCCUGUCAAGCUUACGCCUCAAGAUCUGAUGGAGCCUCUAAAACCAAGCCAUAAGAAGAGAACCGAUCGAGAACGCGAAAAGGAACGCAUCGAAAAAGAGAUUAUAGAAGAAGCUGGUCGCAGAUGGCGUAUGGAACAAGAAGCGGCAGGUCGUCCUGUCAACCCUCGUGAAGCUCUCAAAAGGACGGCCUGGAACAACUGGAUCCACAUUACUUGCGCUCUUUGGACCAAAGAGAUCAAGUUUGGCAACUCGGAAUUGCUUGAUGAUGCCGAAGGCGUGGGUUUCAUUCCCCCCGAGCGCUUUGAGCCGAUCUGCGUAAUAUGCAAAAUGUCGGGACUGCCUACGGUCAAAUGUCACGUUGCGACGUGCAACAACAAUUUCCACGUGGGCUGUGCGCAUCAAAACCAAUACACUUUUGGCUUCGAUGUGGCGCCGGUCAAGAGCAGUAGGCGCGACACGACCAAUGUCAUGAAACUCGGCACAGAAACUGGCAUUGUCACCGCAGCGAUCUGGUGCCCGUCGCAUGUGCCUGCAACUUGGGUGCACAAGAUGCUCGAAAUGACGGACACAGGGCUCACGGCCAUGCAAUUGUUCGCUCGCAAUUACAAGCAGGUAGACAACUCCGUUACGGGUACCGUCCGGCGAGCUGCGCAGUUUGCCACCAAUUUUGUAAGCUCUGCACCAGCAGUUCAACCACCUCAACGACGUGGAAGUACCGUCAACGGUGGGCCGAACGGCGCCGCCACUCACAGUGAGAGAAACGGCGGAACAAGUCUUCGGGCAUCUCCCGCAGCGGCCACCGCAGCAGCAGAAUCAUCAUUGGACUCAGACGUGGCAACGACUGAAGCAAACGAAAGCUCCAAGAAACGAAGCGGUGGUCAGAAAAAGUGCUGUACUUGUCUUGUGGAUGUGAGUCCCAGAUGGUGGCCUCUUCAGCAAGAACGAUCUCCAGCUCCGAACGGAACAGUGAUGGAAUCAGCUGCGGACCUGGUUCAAGUUAAUGGUUCACGGGAUACUAUUAUGACCAAUGGCUCCGUCGACGCUGAACCAGCCGACGGCACGGCUCUUGCAACAAUUGCUGGUGGCAGAGACCGAUGCAUCAUGUAUCAGUGCCACAAAUGUCAUGUUCUAAAGCGAACACCCCCAUCAUCGCCGUCACAAGUUAAACCUCGUGAGAAACCUGUGUCGUUGGAUCAGCCCCAAGAGCCAUAUAACCACCAGCCGCCUUUCCCUGCUCCACCGCCCAACGUCUAUGCAAUGAACCGACCACCAAUUGAAGGGCCACCGCAUUCACAUCCUCAUGCGCUUCCAGCUCCCGCGUCUCAUUAUUCCCCUUGGCAGGGUGGUCCCCCCCCUCAGUGGUCUUCUCCCGGAACCCGAGCAGCGCGUCACCCUUCUCCCCCAGCUCCGCCGCUUUACGGACAGCCUCUGUACCGCCCGCCUCCUCCACCACCGCAGCCACUACCGCCGCCGCCCCCCGAGUACAGUCAAUCACCCUACGGCCGUCCGGGGCAUCCUUCGCCAUAUGCGAACGUGCCGCCUCCGCCACCCGGUCCUGGUCUGGCGCCUCAACAUUCCCCCCCUCCGCCAGCUGCCUAUGGACAUCAUCCUCCCCCUCCUCCUCCCCAUCAUCCUCAUCAUCCUCAUCAUGCUAUUCCAUCUCCUUCCGCUCCACCGCAAGUCACGCGCCCCCCAUCGCCCCCACGAUACGGUCCUGACCGCCCUCCAGUCCCAUCGCCUCAUCUUGGAUUAGGGCCAUCAAGUCUCUUGUCGCGGGGAUAUCCUGAACCACCCCGUCAAGGAAGCCUCGACUCUCCUGUGAAUGGUUAUGCGGCGCCGCAUCAUACUCCUUCAAGAAUGUAUCCUCAAGGCCCUCCACCACUUCCACCACCUCCCCCGGCUCCGGCAGCCAUGAGGCAAUCUCCAUCAGCACAGUCCUUGGCGCAAAUAGCUCAAGUGGCCGGCGACCAGGGCGUGGGAAGACCGCAUUCCAGGCAAGCUAGUGUUGAGAUGACGGGCACUCCGCGAUUUGGGCCUAGACCAGUCACAGGGAGUCCUCAGCAGAGGCCACUUACCCCCUCUACGGGGCCCGCCUUCAACAGAGACGAUAGGAAAGAUGGGUUAGGGGCGAGUGCUAGCCCGAGUGUGAAGAAUCUGCUUUCUUAG